AAAAAUUUUUGGGACCCAACAUUUUUAAAUUUCUCUUCCUUUUUUUCUUCUUUUGUUCAAAAAUAAAAAAGAUAAAUAGUAAUACGUGGAAAAAACCAAAAAUUUUAAGUGGUUUGUUCUGACUUGACAGUGACGUGGAGCGUUGAUCAUUAGUUAACGUGUUUGACCGUCCAAGAUAACAGUCAAAUCUCGGAUUUGGCCAAUUUCGUAACUUUGAUGCAUAGUUGAGGCCACAAAGUUAUAGAUCGAAAACAUUGGUCAGGAUAUUUAUUUGGUGAAAAGUUCGGGCCAUACAAAUAUAUUAACCCUAUAAAAAUCACAAAAUUAAAUGACUUGAACCAAUUGGCAACCAAUUCAAUGUAAUUAGAUGAAUUAGGAGGGGGAAAAACUCAAGUAAAGAUAUGGUCCGAAGCGGCAAUCAUAAUGGGGUGGAUUCUCAAGUUGAGGCUGGGUUUUUGUGUGAUGUGUAGUCGAGGGGGGGGGGGGGUGGGUGGGUGGGGGUGGGGGUGGGGAGCCCAGAUGUUGUAACUAACGUAAUGUGGAAAAUCAGAGAAGCCGGGGUGGGUUAGCAAGGCAGAGUGGAGUGUGCAAUCGACAGAUUGACAUGAAGAAGCUAUCGAGUGAAGGAAGUGGAGGGGAGGCAUGUGGGACGGUUAAAAAAACAAAGAACUAAUUUUUAGCUUGGAAUGUGCAAAACGGUGUGCUGAGUGUGCAUAUGCGAAACGGUGUGUAUAAUUUUAAUCGGUGGAAGUUCCUUGUAUACCCCUUCCGACAAACACUCCCAGGGCUGGAAUUUUCAAAUGGAGGUUUUGGGAAGCUUAAAAACGUAUUAUAUAUGUUCUAGAUAAGAAAAGAAAAUAAAGAAAAUAAAAACAUAAAAUAAUCGAUUUGGGGAUUUACCCUUCCCUCUUCCGUCUCCCAACCUCCGUCGUCGCAACUUCAAAACCAAAUCAGCUUCGCAAUCGCCUCCAUCCGUCUCCACCAAAUUUGCACUUCACCUCCAUUGCUGCACUUCUCUUGCUUGUUGACGAAGCAAGACCUACGAAUUGAAAAUAAAGCACAGUGAGAAAUUCCAUUACUGAAAUUCAGAACUCUAGUGCUUGCGGCUUAUGAGCUCAAUCAACAAUCCAACUGGAGCGAACUCGAGAAAUCACAAUCUAACUUGCAGGAUGGGAUUGUAACUAAAGCAGUUUCAUAUUAUUGAAUCAAUUAACAACCAAAUCAAUUUGCUCUUCUAGAAAUCAUAACUUCGCAACUAUGCGAAGAACUGUGAGGAUGAAAACAUGGUGAGAGUAAACCACCAUUACUAAGCAAAAGGGAAUUGCGUGAACAUCGCAAACUAAUUCACCGACUGAAACUUGUUCUAGAGAAGUAGCAGGAUCUAAGCCAACCAAAAAUCGUAAAUGAAGUGAUUUAAACCAUAACAACGAUGGAAUGAAAAUUGAGAACAUUACUGAGGGCUGUGAAACCUCUAGAAGUGGCCACCGCCAUUGGGGAAAAACUGGGCGGAAAACAAUCACAAGGAAGGAAUCCAUUGGAGGAAAACGAAAAGCGGAAACCCACAUCCAAUGAAACCCAGAAAUGGCGGCGUUAAAAUUAGAGCUGCAGUGACCAAGAGCAAUUCGAAUACGACGGAGUGGGAGAUGGUUUUGGCUAUACAGGUUUCCAUCGACUAUUUGGAAGAUGUUCGAGCUUCCCUCCGCCUCCUCGUCGGCAACCGGUACAGACGACAUCUAGAGUUGGAAACGUCGUUAGAGACGACAUCGAUUGGAGCUGGGAGCUCUGCCUGAGAAGACGAUGUCGAUUGGAGUUAGGUAGUCGGAGAUUGGUGAGAAAAGCUGGAGAAGAUCUGCAAAAUUCGAAACCCACGGUUAGAGAUGCAGGGAGUGCUCUGGCAAAGAUGCAGGGGUGCUAGGAUUUAUUUUUUCAAUUUAAGUUUUCCUUAGUAUUUUUUAUUUUAAUUGUUAAUUUUAAUUGAAAAAUAACAAUCUGAUCUGGCGGCUGACGCUAAGCAUACAUGACUGCCACAUAUGUGCCAUGUAACUAAAAGUCAACAUUUUAUGGUUGACCGUUUGGUCAACCGUUAUCUAUAAUGGUCAACGAAAUUGUGAGUAUGUAAAUGACACACUACUAUCAUACGUCAGGAUGCCAUAUUGAAUAGUUCAGGACACAAAUGACACAUUCUUGAUAGUUCGAGUUUCUAGUGGUAUUAGCCUUAAUAAAAAAUAAUAAUAAUAAUAAAGAGAUGAAAUGUAA